GUUCCGCGGGGGCGGCGGCGCGAUGGCGGCCGCGGCGGAGGCCUGGCCCGAGCUGGAGCUGGCCGAGCGCGAGCGGCGGCGCGAGCUGCUGCUGGCCGGGCCCGGGCUGGAGCAGCGCGUGCGCGCGGCGGGCGGGCGGCUGCCGCCGCGGCUCUUCACGCUGCCGCUGCUGCACUACCUGGAGGUGAGCGGCUGCGGGAGCCUGCGCGAGCCGGGCCCGGGCCUGGCGCGGGGCCUCCCGGGGCUGCACAGCCUGGUGCUGCGGCACAACGCGCUGGGGCCCGGCCUGAGCCCCGAGCUCGGCCCGCUGCCCGCGCUGCGCGUGCUCGACCUGUCGGGCAACGCGCUGGAGGCGCUGCCGCCGGGCCGGGGCCUGGGCCCCGCCGAGCCGCCCGGCCUCCCGCAGCUGCGCAGCCUCAACCUCAGCGGCAACCGGCUGCGCGAGCUGCCCGCCGACCUGGCGCGCUGCGCGCCGCGCCUGCAGACGCUCAACCUCACCGGCAACCGGCUGCGCGCCUUCCCCGCCGCGCUCUUCGGCCCCGGCGCGCUGCCGCUGCUCAGCGAGCUGGCGGCCGCCGACAACUGCCUGCGGGAGCUCAGCCCCGACAUCGCGCAUCUGGCCUCGCUCAAGACGCUGGACCUGUCCAACAACGAGCUAAGCGAGAUCCCGGCAGAGCUGGCCGACUGCCCUAAGCUCAAGGACAUCAACUUCCGGGGGAACAAGCUGCGGGACAGGCGCCUGGAGAAGAUGGUCAGCGGCUGCCAGACCAGGUCCAUCCUGGAGUACCUGCGCGCCGGGGGCCGUGGGGGCCGGGGUCGGGGCAGGGCCGAAGGCCCCGACAGGGAGGAGGCUCGCAGGAAGAAGCGGGAGCGGAGGAAGAGGGAGGGCGGCGAGGGCGAGGAGGCGGCGGUGGACGAGGCCAGCCGGCUGCUGCUGCGGGUCCUGCACGUGUCCGAGAACCCGGCCCCGCUGACCAUCAGGGUGAGCCCCGAGGUCCGGGACGUGCGGCCGUUCAUCGUGGGUGCCGUGGUGCGGGGCGUGGACCUGCAGCCCGGGAACGCGCUCAAGCGGUUCCUCUCCUGCCAGACAAAGCUGCACGAGGACCUUUGUGAGAAGAGGACCGUGGCCACCAUUGCCACCCAUGACCUCAGAGCUGUCCGGGGCCCCCUGCUGUACAGCGCCCGCCCGCCGCAGGACCUCAAGAUCAUCCCCUUGGGGCGCCGGGAGGUCAAGGCCAAGGACCUGGUGCGGCAGCUGCAGCUGGAGGCCGAGGAGCACCGGAAGCAGAAGAGGAGGCAGAACCUGUCGGGUCUGCACAGGUACCUUCACCUGCUGGAUGGGAAGGAGCAGUACCCAUGCCUCGUGGAUGCAGAUGGCGACGUGAUUUCCUUCCCGCCCAUCACAAACAGCGAGAAGACGAAGAUUAGGAAAACCACUUGUGAUCUGUUUGUGGAAGUGACGAGCGCCGCCAGCCUGCAGGUUUGCAAGGACAUUAUGGACGCCCUCAUCCUGAAAAUGGCAGAAAUCAACAAAUACACUUUGGAAAGUAAAGAGGAAGGCUCCCUGUCCGACCCUGAAGCCGAUGCCAUUCCUGGACAGGCCUCAGACCCCAGGGCGGCCCCAGGGGCCCAGCCGGCCGGCAGCACCCCGCUACUGGUGGAACAGGUGCGGGUGGUGGACGAGGAGGGGCACCUGAAGGUGGUGUAUCCGUCCAAGACGGACCUGGACCUCGCCGCCGCCCACGUGACCGUGCUCCGCUGACGGCCGGGCCGCCGCCCAGGCUCCCGGGGGUGCGCCGUCAGCCGCGCCGGCUCUUCAGGGCUUCCGUGUGGUGAUAUUAAAUUAUUCCUUCACUGCGGUA